GCUUAGUGGCUGAUCAUCACGUUUGAAAUGGUUGGACAAGCUGGUGCAGUGGGUUCAAAGCCCAGGAGGGCGAUCUAGUGCAGAGUCCUGGAGCUGGCAGCAGGAACGGCACAGCGCAAAGGGGGCAGCCGGCCUUGUGUUCGUGCCAGAGGGAAAUACGCCCUAGCCAGCACCCGCCAGAACAGGGCUUCAGUGCGUCUGGGGCAGGGGUCCAGGGGGUUGGCGGCACAGUGCAUUGGGUUUACUCCUUUGCAUCCACGUAGCUUCUCAGAACCUCUGGAGGACAGAGACGUGUGUUCUGGGCAGGUCAGCGUGGGAAGACCCAGCACUUCUCUGCUUGGAUGCUAAUGAUAACCGCCUGCCUUCCCCUGAUCCUUUACCCAAAUCUCCCCGCUGUUGUGCCUCCCGACACUGCCCUUCACCCCCAAGCCAGUCGCACUCCAGUGGCUUGUGAGCCCUCGUGUGUGCACAGUCUGGGCUCUUCCAGGCUGAAACUCAGCUGUGCGGAAACUUGGAGAAAGCUGGAUAGUCGCAAACCAAGCCGUGCCUCCAGCCCCAGGCAGGAAACCAGCUCUGCUGGUGAGUGGAUGAACCACAUGGUUUGUUUAUGGAGCUGUCGGGGAGCAGGACCGGCGCAUUUCACUUUCAAAACCUGGAUUUCCAUAGGAGGCGCAGAGCCAUUUGCAUGGUCAGUUUCCGUGUACGUUUAUCAGCACCUGGCUCCUCUGAGCACAGAGCUUCCUCUUUUUUGGGGGGUGGGGGGCAGAUUAAAUUCCCCCUCUGACUCCUGCCCAUCCCAGCUGGGGAGGGCAGCCCUGGCAGGUGUGGGCCAUCGUUACCCACCUGCCACCCCAGCAGAAGUAACGAUGCUCCACCCGCAGGGCGUGGCGUCCCUCCCUGCUGCCUCGGCUUCGUGUCGGAAGCACGUGUUUGCACAAGAGUCGGUUUAAUUACACGUGGCGACACCGGGUCCAUGGCUGCUGCUCAAUGCUUUGAUUCUGCCAAGGACCAAAGGGGGCCCCGGGGGGGGAUAAUGUUUAUCGUUGGAGAUAAAAGUAGGAGCUCAGUUGGCUGCCGGUUGAAGCUGCCUCGCUCUGCUCCGCUCAGGAAGGGCUGUGAACGGGCCUCUGGAUUAUUUAGUUCUGCUCUGCGCUCUUUCCUCCCGCGGGGCAGGAGCUGGGAGAUCCCUGGCGGCGGCAGUGGCUGGCUGGCCGGCUCGCGGGUCCCCGGCGGGGCUCACUUUGUGCACGCGUCCUGCCCGCUAGCACCGCGGAAUUGGCCGGGGCGGCGUUUGGCAGAUGGCAGCCCGGCCAGUGGAGCCCACGGGGCAGCCCUUCCGAGGAGUGUAGCUAAGACAGUGGCAGAGAGAUGAGCCCGACUGGCGAGGGCAGGGUGCUAAGGGGGGCGAUACGCUGGGCUGAGGGUGCAGUCGAGCUAUGGGGGAAGAUGGAGGCUUUGGCCAGCGAUCCAGGGAGCUUGGGGCAGUGCUCUAGCCCGUGUUUAUUUUCAAACCGAAUUCCACUUGUGUGGGGUGGGGGCGGCUGGGCUUUUCAAAGGCAGUUUAAUAAAAACCUGCUGUCUGCGUUUUGGCCGCUGCGAGCGGGGAUCGGGUUGAACCAAAGAGCAGCAAAAAAAGACACUUGGUGACAAAGCCCCGACUUUAUAGUCAGCCGCUGCUUGUGCCUCGGCCGAGAUGUCUGAAAUUCUUACGGCUGACUAUGAAGUGGGUCCCGGGGCCGCCCACCUCAGGGUGAUCCAUUUAUGCGAAUUCAUCUGGCUCGUCUGCCUUGCCGCUGCCUCCCAUCGGGCGUCGGUUCCCCAGUUUUUAAAUGAUCAACAAUGAGGGGGAUUGUUGAAUUUUGCAUUAAAAAUCUGACUUUAGAGGAAAACAAAGAGGCUUUCUGUCCGCGGGGCUUUCAUCUCCCAGCCCCACAGAGUGCUUGCCACAGCACGCAAUGCACAGAACGUGACAGGAGCCAGCGAUUCCGUUUGACGUCAGAACGGGGGACAAGUGUCAAACAGAUGCAGGCUCCAGCUUAAACCGAAGCAUGAUUCGAUCUGUCCCCUGGUUCAGCCCUGGCCUGGUGGGGCCUCUCGCGCCUGCUCUUUGUCCUCUGUCGCACGUCUCGUGCCCAAGCGCUUCACAAACUCUGUCCAAAUGCAGCUGCAUCUGGGGUGGCGUGCAGCCACUGUUGACAUGACCCAUCAGCACGGCACAUUCUGGAAUCCAGUGCGCCGUUUCCCUGCGGGGAGGACGGGGGGGGCAAUUGCCCGGCUGACAUUUCCCGAGGUCGCUGGCCUUCUCGCGAAGAGGGACGAUGGGAUCCGAAAGCGCGGCAGGACCUUGGCGUCUCAUCUUCCCAAAGGGCAGCGCCCCCGCAGGGCAGUCUGCUCCCGAGAUUCGGGCUGGGGCGGGAAUCUCCACUGCCGUAAGGGACCUGCGGCUCGGCCCCGGCUGGCCCGGGUCAGCUGACUCCAGCUGCAGGACUGACCCUUGCAGUGGAGCUGUUCGGGUUCAGGCCCUGGCCUGGGCUCCAGCCCCCGUGUGCGCUGCUCCGUCUAGGGCCGUCACCUGAGCCCCGCCAGCCGGAGUCAGCUGACCCGGCGCCUCAGGUUUCCAUUGCGGCGCUAGGCGGUCGGUUUCAGGAGUAAACAGCUGUGUCUUCUCGCCGCUGCUGCCUGGUGCUCCCCAGCGGUUCAGCCGCCAAGGGGCUCUACUGGUCACAGAGCGGGAGGCGGAUGCUGCAGGGUCGGGGGCGCCACAUUGGAAGGGGUCUUAAAACACCUGCUUAAGCUGGUGCCCGUCGGGGAUGUAGCAGCUGGGCAGGGGGUGGGUGCCUGACCCCGAACGGCUCCAAAGGGGCAGAGCCCAACCCCUCUUCCCAAUGCCCCUCGAGCCCUUUCUAGGGGCCAGCCGGAGCCGCAGGGGGAGGCAGAUUUUACACUUCGUUGUGCAGGGUGCUGGUGCAGCGAUUGUGCGCUGGCGAAUCUGCGCCUUGGUAAAAGGCGGGGCGAAGGGGAGCCAUUUCGGUGGUGCUGGGUAGAGGCGAGCUCUGCCCAGGUCCCCUGGUUACAUGGGGACAUCACACAGGGUGGAACCUGCCUGUAUGCCGGGCGGCAGCCCUGUGAAGGCAGAGCCUGCCGCCCCUCCCUCCACGUUCACACGUGCCCUGCAGCUAGGGCCCAGGAUGGCAUUGGCUCUCCAGCUGGGAUCCCUGGGGCCUGGCCCAGCCCUUGAGUCGCUGUGUGACUGGCCAGGCUGGGUCAGACCUGAGAGUCCCUCCAGUCCCGUGUCCUGGCUCCAGCAGGGGCCAGCCAGACUGAGGUCAGCCCCCGGCUUGCUGGGCUUUAUAUCCCUGCCACGCUGUUAGCCGGGAUGGCUGGGCGAGGUCACUCCCUCUCUGCCAGCCGCAGCGGCUGGGAAGUGACGUUAUGGGGCUCAGGACUCACCCGGAAGGUGGUAUGGAAGGGCCAUGUGCAGUUCUGCAGCGAACGCUCCGGGGCCCCGUGGGGAAGCGUCUGCCGUUGCAUGCCGGCGCAGGGGGGAAGGGAUGGGCCGGUCUAACGUUGGUCUGUUUUCUCACUCUCCUAGGGCUCUGGAUGCCAAUGGAAAUCUCUGAGCCAGUCCCCGGAGCAGCACCGGAAGGUGAUCACGCUGGACAAGGAGGCAGAGGAGACGUUUGGGUUUGAGAUCCAGACCUAUGGACUCCACCACCAAGACAAGAAGAGCGUGGAAAUGUUCACCUUUGUCUGCCGGGUCCACGAGGGGAGCCCAGCCCAGCUAGCGGGGCUCACACCCGGAGACACCAUCACCGCGGUGAACGGGCUGAACGUGGAGGGCAUCCGGCACCGUGAGAUCGUGGAAAUCAUCAAGGCCUCUGGGAACGUGCUCAGGCUGGAGACGCUGUACGGGACGUCCAUCCGGAGAGCGGAGCUGGAGGCCCGGCUGCAGUACCUAAAGCAAACCCUGUUCGAGAAGUGGGGGGAGUACCGCUCGCUGAUGGUCCAGGAACAGAGGCUGGUGCGUGGGAUCGUGGUGAAAGACCCCAGCAUCUACGACACGCUGGAAUCCGUCCGCUCCUGCCUGUACAGCGCCGGGCUCACGAGCGGCUCCCUCGCCUUCGGGAAGAUGCUGUCGGGCGCGGGCAGCACAUCCAGCUGCGUCAGCACCGCCACCGAGGAGAGCGAGGACUCCGUCUACCAGACCUGCUUCUUUGACUCGGCCGAUUCCCUGGACGGGCACUCUGGGCGGGACGGGGGCAGCGCCCCCCCAGCCCUCUCCCAGCACCGGCCCGCCCUGACCCGCAGUGCCAGCGUCAAAUGCACCAGCAGCAGCAACGGGGCCGUGGGCCACUUCUGGGACAGGCCAGGUGACCAAAAGAGCUGCACGGUCACGCCCCGCAAGAGCAAACACACCAGCUUCCGGAAAAGGCUCCUGAAGUUCAUCCCGGGACUGAACCGCUCUCUGGAAGAGGAGGAGAGCCACCUGUAGGGGGCGCUGGCUACGGGGGGGGCACGGGGGGGCCAUGGAGCAGCCAAGUUUUAAGAAGUUUGUUUAGGUUUAUUUAUUUAUUUAUUAUCCCGGUUGGUGCCGGUGCCCUGGCAGAGUGUGGGGCCAGGGCUUGGGUUUCAGAGCUGGGGGGGCUCUGCUGUGAAGGGCAGAGGGGAUAUUUGCUCCCCCCACAGAAGGAGAAACGUGUAAGGGGACGGGGGCGGGGGGGCAGCAAGAACUGGAUCUAGCCCCAGCGGCAGCCUGGGUGCCUGCUCGUGGGAACUGCUGGAGGAGGGAGCUGGGCCCGUCUGCACGGUUAGGGGGGAUUUUCAGGUGUCCUGGGUGAAUGGGCCGUGGGGGCCCUUCGCUUCCAGGCCUCAUGUGACCGAACCCCUCCAAUAGCUCUGGGGGCGGAUGAGCUGAUGGGUCGGAGCCUGUUUGGGGCAGCAUCAAACGGGCUCUGCCCUCAGGCCAGUACCAUCAGCAGAGAGGCCACGGGAGAAGAGAGCAGCGCCUGGAGCAAGAGGCGUGGGAGAGGCUGGCCAUGCCCCUGCCCGUGUCUCCAGCGGGCCAGGCGGCAGUGGGCACAGGACUGUCCCGGGAAGAGCGGGAUCCUGGUGCUACCCCAGAGGCUCCCAGCAGCUGUGACAAGUGCUCCGCAUGGAGCAGGAGCCAGAGGGAUCUCCGAGCAGGCACCCUCUUCCCCUGACGCAGCGGGGAGCAUCCCGGCCCUGAGAGGGGUGGGGCCCCUCCUGCUUUCCCCUGGAAGGCAGCCAGCAGCUCUGCUCUGGUCCAGCCACAUCCUCCUGUCUCUGCAGCGCCGGGCUCUGUGUGACUUCCUGCGACGUCUGGUGCGUCUCUCAGCCCUAUUUAUGGCACAGGUGACUGAACCUUGGGGGUGUCUGUCUCUCUCUGCCCGGUGCCGCGUUGGGCUGGAGAGAGAAGAUCCCUUUGUAACGGCCUGACGCCAGCAGAACUGCUCGUCCCUCUGGCCUGUAGACCGAGGUGCGGGGCUGUCCCGUGGCCGGGCGAGCGCUCGAGCUGCUGCGCACCCCGCGGGAUCAGACCCUGGGGAUGGCUGGACCACAGGCGGCGUGUCCGUUCUCUGGAACGCGGAGUCAGCACUCGGACAGCCCUGGCCUGAGCGCAGAUGGGGCCGUUCUUGGUGACCUGCAGCCCGUCAGGAAAAGGCUUUGCCUCCAUCUUCACUUGCUCCGUCCCUCUUGCUGGGGGAGGGGAGAGAAACUGGUUCCAUGGAGCCGGGGGGAACUUCCCAGCAAAGCUGGUUCUUAUCUCAGGAAAUAGCUACAGGAAGAGGGUGGCUCGGCAAGUGAGGGCUCCCCGCUGGACGUGUCUAUCAAAUGGAGCCCCCACCCCCCAAGCAGCGCUAGACAGCGGAGGGGGGCGGGGCUGUGGCUGGGACACGGGUGCGGUUAGCUGUGGGGGUGGGGGGGGUGAGGUUUUGUACAGACACGGAUGUCGCUGUUAAAAUGCUUGGCACAGAUUCUGAUCAAUACAAUGAGACUGUUUUGCA